UGCUUCUGCUGCCGUGAGCCCAUCAGCUUUCUGCCUUUUCUUUAUCAGGAGGACUGCUGCCGCGUCGCGGGGUCUUGGAUCGCGCCUAGCUAUUCGUCGCACCCUUCUCUCGUGGUGCGGCGUCGUACUUUCUCUCGCCUCGCGCGUCGCUGAGCAUCGCUGAAUCGCUGCACCGCCCUGACAGCGCGAAUUCAAGUGUUAGACAUUUCUGCGUCCGCAAUAUGUCGGGGUUCCGCGGCGUCUUCCUCCCGUUGCUGCUCCUCGCCGGCGUUACCGCGUGCGCGGGAUUCUCCGCCAGGCCGCUCUCUGCCAGGCCGUUCUCUGCCCAGCCUUUCUCCGCCAGGCCGUUCUUCCCCGGCGUGCUUCACCUGCGUUCAGCUGACGUGGCACGGCCACAUCAGCAGGAAGCCAUAACGGAAAAUGACGGCUUUUCCAGCAGCAUCUCUAGUAGCGUUUCUGACAGCAGCAUCACUGGUACCAUUUCUGACGGCGGCGUCGCUGGAAGGAGCGUUUCUCCGAGCAGCCUUGGCCUGAGAGGAGUCGGAUUUUCCUAUGCGAGUGAAGCUACCGUUAAUGCUCUGCAGAAGCCGACGCUAAAGAAGCAGCGGCAGCCAUGGAAUGAGCAGAAGCAGGAGAAGGCCAAUGAGCCUCCUCCGGCGCAGGGAGUGGCCUACCGUGCAGUGCCAGAUCCAGAGCUGACAGGGCCCCCGUUUGAGUCACCCUACACGGCUCCUGACAUCCCCUUGGAUUACCACCAGCAGAAUGGCACCAACCACCCUGAGCAGGUGCUUCUUGCACCGGCUUCACCCGAUGGUCUCUUCAUGUUUGUCCGCUUUGCCAUCCCCAACAUCAUGCCGUUGAGCCCAUGCGAGAAGAAACACAAGCUACCAGCUGACCUGCUCGCUGAAAUGGGAGAAGAGGAGGAGGAGGAGGGGUUGAUGGAUGGUGGGGGGGAAGAGAGCAAGUGCAGGCGCAAGCGCUCGGUGCAUUAUGGCACGGACCCCAACACACUCAACCAGUCGGCCAGCGGCCGUUCAUUCCGCUACUCCUUUGCCGAGGGAACGGACGGCGCCUACGUGUCGGGCGACACCUUCUUCGUCCCCAUCGGGCCUCUGCUUCCCUCCACGCAAUACUACUACCAGAUUGAGGGCUCUCCAAUUACUCACUCCUUCACCUCUCUCCCUGCCCCUGGCUCCACCUAUCCCUUCAAAGUCGCUCUUGUGGGCGACGUGGGUCAGACGCUCAACAGCAGCACCACCUUCGACAACGUGAACGCCGGCAGCCCCAGCCUGGUGCUCUUCGCUGGGGAUCUGAGCUACGCCGACCAGUACGGCCCGCCCCACUGCCGCCCCAAUGCUCCUACCGCAGAAGCUCAUGCGUCCUCAAAGAAGAGCAAGAUCUGUGGGCUGGGUGGAGUGCGCUGGGAUUCUUAUGGCCGCUUGUCUGAGAAAGUCUUUGCGCAUAUUCCUGUGGCCCACGUCCCAGGGAACCAUGAGAUCGAGCUCGUUCCUCGGUGGGGCGAGCUGAGGCCGUUCAAAGUCUAUUCUGCUCGCAUCCCCCCUCUGCUGCACCACCACCACCCGCUGCUGGCUACCCUGCUGGCCAAGGCUGGGAUCUCUCCCAAUCAUCACCAUCACGCGUACCCUUCCAAGGCGCCUCUCUUCUACUCGCUUGACAUCGGCCCCGUGCACGUGAUCGCCAUCAACUCGUACUCGCCUUUUGUCAUCUACACGCACCAGUGGUACUGGCUGCGGGAUGACUUGUGCCGCAUCGACCGUGAGAAGACCCCGUGGGUCGUGGCUUUCAUGCACGUGCCCCUCUACAACAGCAACGACGGGCACUACCUCGAGGGCGAGCCCAUGCGGUACGAGAUUGAGGACUGGCUGCAUGAGGCAGGGGUGGACCUGGUGGCGAGUGGCCAUGUGCACGCGUAUGAGCGCAGCUACCCGGUCUACGGCAUGAAGCGGGUGGAGAAUGGGUGUGCUGCCGUGCAUGUGACUGUGGGCGACGGUGGCAACAUUGAGGAAAUCGCCGGCCCUUUUCUCGAGCCCCAGCCAUCGUACAGCGCAUACCGCGAGGAGUCCUUCGGCCACGCGGAGCUUAUUUUCAACGACAACCACACAGCCACCUACAGCUGGUUCCGCAACCACCAGGGCUCAGGGGUGUUGGCUGACUCCUUCCCCCUCCUGAAUCGCGCCAACAGCUGCGGCCCCCUCCGCCGCCCUUCCUUCUGCACGUAGGCCGUAGCUCAGCCAAGUUUCUGCAUGCGCCGAGCUUGGCCUUGGAGCUCGACUUUCAGAGGGGGGUUGGGUGUUGGCAGACACUUUCACUCCUCUCAACCGCGACAAGUCAACAGCUGCUGCUGCCCUUCCUUCUGCUCGUAGGCCGUAGCUCAGCCAAGUUUCUGCAUGCGCGGAGCACGGCGGCAUUUGAGUUGGGUUCUCGAAAGGGGGGUUGGGUAUUGACCGACUCCUUCACUCGUCUCAAUCGCGCCAACAGCUGCGGCCCCCUCGGCCGCCCCUCCCUUAGCUCCUCCUAGAUAGAAGCUAUGAGCUGUAAGUGCGUGCUCUGCUCCUCUUGGUCAUAGGUGUAAGAAGUGGUCUUAUUGUGUGCUAUAUCUAUCAACUUCUUUCGUGCUGGCUAGAGUCAUAUAUUGGCCUUGGAUGGAAGGCUGUGAUUCUGGUUGUGGCACAACUUUGUUAAAGUGUAACUCUUUGGAGAUACCGACGUG